CAACCACCUCCAUAAUCCAUACUCCUACGCCGUGGAGACUGCUAACAUCAUGAAGCGAUGGCCGUUCCUGAUCCUGUUCUUUGUGAAUGCAAUUGCCGUGGGGAUCCUUGUAGCAUAUGGACAAGAGACGGUCUUGGCCAAGAUUCCUACACUCCAGCAAUGUGACCAUGUGCAACGCCCCCACUGUAUGGGCAACCAAACGAUUUUCCGAGCCAGCAUGGCGAUCGGAGUGUUUUUCUUGUUUAUGAUGGGCUGGAGUGCGUCCACAGAGUCAGGGCACAACCGCGGGUGCACCAUCCUUGCCCUGGAGCUGCCACUUUACGCAGGAUUGUCCAUCGGGGCCUUCUUCGUUCCCAACAAUGUCUUUGACGGGUACGCGUGGGUCGCAGCUGUGGCGUCGGGCGUGUUCAUUGUCAUGCAAAUUGUCAUCCUGCUCGACUGCGUGUAUGACAUCCGAGAUUACGUUCUCAACAAAAUCCAAGCCAGUCCCAACAGCCAAGUGUGGCCCGUCGUGUACUUACUGCUGUCGUUCUCGUCCCUCGUUGCUACGAUCGUUGGCCUCGUCUACCUGUUUCUCGAGUAUGCUGGCUCGCCGUUGGCCGUGGUAUUCAUGGUCAUUACGGCGGUGUUUGCCGUGCUCCUUCCAGCUAUUGGGGUGAGCGACAAGAUCGGGUCUGGGCUGCUCCCCCCGGCUGCUAUGACCAUGUACCUCGUGUUCCUGUGCUGGCAGGCCGUGUCCAAGCUCCCCAACAUCACCCCCUCCAUAGCUGCCACGUCUCCCAUCCUCGUACCUAGCGCCAUCAUCGGGGCAUUCACAGUGUCCUGGACCUGUUGGCGAACGUCAGAAGCUACAAAGUCGUUGUUUCGCCUUGAAAUGCAUCCUGGCAACGCCGCUGCCACUCCACCUUUCAAUCCCCCCAACGACGCUGCUGCCGUGGUGACCGACCAUUCGUCGACAUGCGAUAACGACGUUGCGGUCGUGAUAGCCGACGCGCCCCCCACAGCGCCAAGCUGGCAGUUCUUCUUCAUCAUGUUUGUCAGCAGCUUUUACAUGGCGAUGGUCAUGACCAACUGGGGCGUGAAUGACACCCAGGGAUCGGACAAGUCGAACGUGGUCAGCGUGUGGGUUCAGAUUGUAUCGCAGUGGACCACGUCGCUGCUGUUCCUGUGGUCCCUUGUUGCCCCCGUGGUACUUCCGCAUCGCGACUUUGCGUGAUCGCCUUCUCAUCCACCCCCAAAAUGCAAUAUCCCAUGUUCACUUUUG